UGUAUAUAUAUAAACUGUCAGUGAGCAGUACCAAUUAAAUCAUUGUUUCAAAUUGAUGGGACUAAUACACACUGACUUAAAAUAGAAAGUUAUUUUUAUUGGCUUUUUUUUUUAACAAAAUUUUUUCAAGUUUAGAAGGAAAAAAUUAACAGCAUCAACAUGGCUGCCUUGAACCUACAGUUCGCCAUGAAUCAGGCCGUACAAAGGGCAACUAAUGUAGUGUACCAGGAGCAUAAUGUAUCAAGAGAUAAGAGAGGGAAGGUACUCGGGACCAAAGCUGGAUUUAGAGGAUGCACCGUAUGGUUGACCGGUUUGUCUGGUGCCGGAAAAACCACCAUCUCAUUCGCUCUGGAAGAAUAUUUGGUGAGUCAAGGAAUCCCUGCCUACAGUUUAGAUGGUGACAACAUUCGAACUGGUUUGAACAAGAAUCUUGGUUUCACCCAGGAAGACAGGGAGGAGAAUAUCAGACGUAUUUCCGAGGUCGCUAAACUCUUCGCUGAUGGCGGUAUUGUCUGUAUCACAGCCUUCAUCAGUCCAUACGCCAAGGACCGUGCUCGUGCCAGAGAGCUUCAUGAACAGUCAGGACUGAGGUUCGUGGAGGUAUUUGUGGAUACCCCACUGGAUGUCUGUGAAGAGAGAGAUGUUAAAGGCCUGUACAAGAAAGCUAGGGCUGGUAUCAUUAAAGGUUUUACUGGUAUUGACGCCGCCUACGAGAAGCCCGAUAAUCCUGAAGUGUCUGUAAAGGCAGGGAAGUUGAGCAUUGAUGAAUGUGUGCAAGAAGUUGUGAGCCAUCUAGUGGAGAAGGAGGUUGUACCAUCUAGUGCUAUCAACACUGUGAAGGAAUUGUUUGUACCAGAGAACAGGCUGUCUGCCGUGAAGGCCGAGGCUGAGGCUCUACCAGGACUUGAAAUUACCAAGCUGGACUUGCAGUGGACUCAAGUACUGUCAGAAGGGUGGGCAUCGCCACUUGGCGGGUUUAUGAGAGAAAGGGAAUUCCUGCAAUGUCAGCAUUUUGGAUGCCUCCUUGAUGGUGGUGUAACAAACCAAUCUAUCCCAAUUGUGCUACCAGUCCACACCAAUGAUAAAGACCGGUUGAAUGGUUGUUCGGCUUUCUGUCUACGAUAUGAUAACAAGCCUGUAGCGAUUAUGAGAAACCCAGAGUUUUACGAGCAUCGAAAGGAGGAACGUUGCAGUCGUCAGUUCGGGACAAGUAAUACUGGACAUCCUUAUGUUAAGAUGAUAUUUGAGAGUGGAGACUGGUUAGCUGGAGGAGAACUCGAAGUACUUGAGAGGAUUAAAUGGAAUGACGGUCUUGACGAGUAUCGUCUCACGCCAAAGGAACUUCGGCAAAGAUUUAGGAAUAUACGAGCUGACGCAGUAUUUGCAUUCCAGUUACGUAAUCCUAUUCACAAUGGUCACGCCUUGCUGAUGGCAGACACAAAACGUAGGCUUCUUGAAAGGGGAUACAAGAAUCCAGUACUUCUUUUACAUCCUCUAGGUGGUUGGACAAAGGAUGAUGACGUCCCUCUUCCACACAGAAUGAAGCAACACAAGGCCAUUCUAGAUGAAGGUGUAUUAGACCCUAAAACCACAGUGCUAGCAAUUUUCCCAUCCCCUAUGAUGUAUGCGGGACCAACAGAAGUACAGUGGCACGCUAAAGCCAGAAUGUCAACAGGGGCCAAUUUCUACAUUGUUGGGCGGGAUCCAGCUGGUAUGCCUCAUCCAGAGGGCGGCAAAGAUCUGUACGAACAUUCACAUGGCUCCAAGGUUCUCACAAUGGCCCCAGGUCUCACUCAGCUAGAAAUCGUCCCAUUCAGAGUUGCAGCAUACAACACCAAACUUCACAAGAUGGACUUCUACAAUCCAGAAAAGAAGGAAGACUUCGAUUUCAUCUCCGGCACACGUAUGCGAAAACUCGCUCGUGAAGGUCAAGAUCCACCAGAUGGUUUCAUGGCACCAAAAGCUUGGAAAGUGCUACAGGACUACUACAAGUCCAUCAGUCAAUGAUAGACAUACCAAAUACUUGAAAGAAAUGGAACAAUUUACACCAAAUCUUAAGUUAUUAUAUAUAUGUAUCUAUACAGUGGGGUUUUAUUUUACUAUGCAACAGGGUCCAUAUACUUACAUAUAGCAUACAAGCUACUUAAUCUAUUCGGGGUAUAUUAAAGUACUGUUUAUGUACAUGUGGAAAUUUGCUAGCAAUCUAUUCGGGGUAUAUUAAAGUACUGUUUAUGUACAUGUUGAAAUUUGCUAGCAAUCUAUUCGGGGUAUAUUAAAGUACUGUUUAUGUACAUGUUGAAAUUUGCUAGCAAUCUAUUCAGGGUAUAUUAAAGUACUGUUUAUGUACAUGUUGAAAUUUGCUAGCAAUCUAUUCCGGGUAUAUUAAAGUACUGUUUAUGUACAUGUUGAAAUUUGCUAGCAAGAAAUUUGUCCAAUAUGCCAGGUAUUAUUUAAUUGACCACUGUGAUUUUUACUGGUCAUUGUAGCUGGAAAUUUAUGUUAAAGCCGGGAGGUUGUUUUUAUUUUGUUCUGAAAUUGUUACAUGGCUUCAGAAUGGUUGUUAAGUGUUUUCUUGCUUGCAUUUUUCAAUAGGUUUCAUACAUAUACAAAGUACCGUACAUGAUUUUUCUUCAAAUUGAAAGCUUUUCUAUAUUGUAUAAUUUAUUAAAAAAAUUACUUUUUUUUAAUUUCUUUGGUUACAUAAGUGGUUAAAAUAACCAGUUCAAAAUUAGUUUGAAUCAUAGUCUUUUUGUAAACUGUACUGACAUUUUUGGUGCAAUAUCCAUACAUAAUUGCUUAUAACACAAAACCGAUCAAAUGUUAUCUUUUUUUCUUAACAAGAAAUUUAAAUUUUCCUUUAUCAAACAAAAUGCAUUAAGUGCUUUUUGGUGGACCAAUUACUAAAAUAGUUAUGUAAAAGAAAAUAUUUAGACUUAUUGCAAAUGUUGACAUAUUUAAAAAGUAUUUUAUAUUUUACACUAUCUGUUACAAAAUGAAAUUAUGAAAUUUUAUUAUUGUUUUUUUUCAUAGAAACCAAAAAAUGAUCAUGUAUAUUUUUAUGGAGUUACAGAUCAAAUAAUUUAUAUAUUUAUUGUAUUCAGAUGCAAUGUGUCUCAACCAGUCAUCUGUGGGGAAAAAAUAAAGACUAGAAAACAA